AUGUCAAUGGUAGGUUUAAUAUUAUUAGCACGGUUCGGUAAGAAAUUAACAGAAGCAAAAAGGACUGAUCCGAGUCUGCCAUUUGCCGGUAUCAAUGUCAUUUUUUUUGGUGAUUUGUUACAAUAUUCUCCGGUUGGUGACAAACCUUUAUAUUCUGAUAUCAUCACAGCCAAACCCGACGAAAAGAUACACCAUGAAGGGGAUAGAAAAGAUAGACCAUUACCCGAUCUACUACGAACAAAACUUAACCAACAGGCCGCUGAAGUUCAAAUGAGAACAACGGAUACACAGUAUUUGGAUCUGUUGAAACGCCUUCGUGAAGGAAAAUGCACGGAGGGUGAUUAUCAGUUGCUGCUAACACGUGUUGUUCAUCCAGAUAAUGAUGUAAAAUCUUUAGAGGACCCAAUGUGGAUGGUAGCACCGCUCCUUGUCUUCCGUAAUGAACUGCGUACUCAGCUCAAUAAUAAAGCCGUUAUUUCACUAACGUGCAAAGAUGGUUACAAGCCACAACAGAAUUGGCUCUAUCCAAUGGAAGUCUCUGGAGGACUUUCAAGAGAAGAAUCUUCAGCUCAAAUUGUUCUAUUAACGGAUAAUUUAGCAACAGAAUUGGCUCUAUCCAAUGGAACCAGAGGCAUUUUUCGUAAACUGAUCUAUGAAGAGGCAGAAGUGAACCCUGAUAUAAUGGAUGAAGAAAAUUUUCCAACGCAUUGUAAAAAGCAUUGUGCAUUGUCUAAUAAAAAAGCUAUAUGUACACCGAUACAUCAUUUAUAUUGCUGGCUUGAACAAGACAUAAAAAUUAUUCGACAGUUAUGUGGCAUGGGAUUGAAUAAAGAUGAUGACAACAGUGGUAACGUCGAUCCUUUGUCCGAAGAUUUCGAUGAACGAAUAUUAUCUGACACUGGAAUGAACGAUAAUAUCAUUGAAAUUGAUCGCGCACAGCAUCAAUCUUUAACAUCUUCGUCUCUCAUUCGUACUGGCGAUUUUGAAACAAAAUUUAAACGAUUAAUACGUCGACGUCAAUGGUUAAAAUCAAAUGAAUAUCUUCUACGAACAUUAGUAUCGUUUACAACAUUACAUGGAAUGCAAGGAGGUGGUUUAGCAUCUGUUCGUAUGGAAUUGUUACUUUUGAUGCAAGAGUUAUUUCGUCAAACACGUACACAAUUAAAAUAUCCAGUUCCCUAUCCAACCAAUGUUCCUUUGUUAAUAGCUAAUCUAUCAUAUUCAUUAAGUGUAAGCAAUAAUUCAAUUAGUUAUGUACGAGAUAUCACCUAA